AUGACCGCACCGGCCCAUUCAACGACUUUCGAGAAAGCGAUACAUGUAACGCCAAUCGACACGAAUACAUACUCGGCGCAUCUCGAUCCGUCGUGGUGUAUCGGACAGGUUCCCCAUGGCGGCUACACCGCAAGCGUUCUCUACCGCACAGCCACAACGCAUUUUGUACAAAAGGCCGCCAGAGCUGGUGCUUCUAACGCACGCGGACACAAACAGCAACCCCCUCAAGAACCCAUCGGUCUCCAAAUCACCUUCCAGCGACGAACAUUCGCCGGGCCUGCGAUUCUCUCCGUGCAGGAAAUAAAGCUCGGCGCCAGAGUCAGUACAGUCCAAGUCACGCUUUCGCAAGCGCGCGACGAGCGCGGGGCUGCCGCUGCAUCAGCGACAGGUACGGCAUUCAAAUCCUUGGACAGGAAUAAUCUUGAGGUCAAAGUCCUCGCGUACGUUACGCUUAGUCCUCCAGCAGCCGAGGAAGGUCCCGCGGUGACGGCGACGUGGGACUUGAGUCCUGCUCCGCCACCGGGCUCGCUAGCGGGUGGAGCGAUUGACUUCAAAUCACUAGGGGAGAAUGGAGUCGACGGGGAAUGGAAAGCCGGGCCCGUGGCUACUCCAAUGCUACACGCAGCGAAGCAUGUCCAGGCACAUAGCCCGGCAUCGAUACUCCGCCCGAAGACGACCGAGGAGCGUGCGAAGCAGGUGGUUGAUCAAUGGUCACGGUUUGCGCCGGGGGGAGUGCCGGCGCGCUGGUCGAAUGAGGCUGUCGUGUACCUUGCUGAUAUAUUUCCUGCGGCGUUGGAUCGAUUGGGGGCGAUGGAGGAAACGGCGGUUCUCCGUGCCACUGGAGGUAAUGCCAAAGGAGGAGAUGGGAAUAAGGUUGCGACGGGAGAAGCACUCGUGCAGUUCUGGUAUCCGACUGUGACGAUGAAUUUCGAUUUAAAGAGCAGGCUCCCACGUGAAGGGGUGGAGUGGUUACAUACACGGGUUGUCACGAGGAUGGUUCGGGGGAGUCGUGCGGAUUUGGAGGUGCUUAUUCUUGAUCAGGAUGGGGCGCUGGUUGCGACGAGUACGCAGGUCGCGUUGGUGGCUGACCCAGCGAGGAAUGGCAAGGGGAGAGGGGAGGGGAAGCUGUAG